AUUUAGCUUCACGUUCCUCAACCAAGGCAACAGCCCACCGUUCCCUGCAUUGGCUGCGCGCAUACAUCGACCAUGGACGGCAGAGACCAGUGGUAUACGGAUGGUAGCUCUCAAAGGGCGACAGAUUCUGUCCACGAGUCUCACAAGCUCCUGGCCGUCUACCCUAUGGCAUCCGCGACGCCAUCGACACACGUUGCGCGUCAUUUGAGCAAUAUGAGCUCUGUUGUCACGCCGCCAUCAUUCGUGCAGCCAAAUUACUAUUCUAUGCAGCCGACUGGGUAUCCUCAGGGCAAUCCUCCACCAUACACAGAGUACGCUCAAGAGUUGACAUAUCUCAACAACUCACAUAACGUUUCUGCUGAUGACUCUGGAUACUGGGAGAGUACGAGAAAUGACGCAGUCCGUUUGAUACAAGAGCAGGCCGGGCCCUCAUAUCCUUACCCAAAUAACACACACUGGACUCCCUCCGGUGUCCCAGCAUCGACCUAUUCGACCAAUUCACUAGCCCAAUCGGUGUUCCAGCGUACGACUCCGACCUCGGCCUAUCCGACCCCUCCUCCUCCUGCUAUCCCUUCUUCCUCCUCCUCUUCUUUGGCCUUCGCUUUGGGACCUCUGCCCCCACGGAAUGUGCAACCGCCUGCCAAGGUCUAUACUCCCGAACAGUCGCAAGGGUUCAUCAACGAUUUUUUGGUCAAGAAAACGCAGGAAAUCAAGGUUCGGGAACAACCCCAGCGUCCAUCGACACCUCCUCGGCAACGGAACCCAUCUGCUCAGGAAAGUCCUGACCCCUUAACCCUCGAACCGGUUACGCCUCGUAUGCAAUUAAUCACCGUCACCCCUAGCAAGCGAAAACCAGUUGUUGAGCUCGUAUCAUCUUCAGUUAAACGCAUACAAUCCAAAGAUUCGCUUCAUACGCCCCACCGGACAUCCGGGGCAUCCCUUGCCUCAACGCCUUCCAGCUCUCGGACAUCCAUGUCAUCCGUGCCUAUCACCUCGAGUACUGUAGCAGGCCAGUCUACACCGAAACGAACCAAGACUAUGGCAUAUGUUGCAAUGCCUCGCAACCCUUGGGCGACUCCUUCUACCUCAGGCAAAUCUUCGGUGUCACGAAGAUUGAAUGAUUCUCCCAACGACUUGGGCGGAUUUGGAUCAGAAGACGGUCCAUUCUCUAGUCCGAUGAGAGGGACCAUCCAUGGUAAUCGAGAGGAUCGAGCUCCCAUGGAAAAACUUGAGUCGUUGCUGGAAGAUAUAUUUGAGGCCGAAGAUGCUUUGCCUGCUGAUCUCGACCUUGCUGAUCUCGACAUGGAUUUCUUUUCGCCUGCUACAACCGAUACUUCGCGGCCUCUUCUGCAUCCAAAUAUUGUUCGUAAACUGAGCAAGUACAUCGGACAAAUUGCCAGGCCAAACAAGCGCGUUCGGCAUGGCGGAUCUAAUGUCGCUGGAACGCCACGUAGUAAAGGCCGGCUGGCGGAAGCCACGAUUCAGUCGCUUUCCCGGAUUCUCAAACUUUUAGAGAGAACCGUCAGGACAGGAGAGAAUUUGGAUCCAUUUGCUUAUUCCGGCCACACAGCACAAGCAUCUCCUCGCAAAGUCAGCCCAAAGAAACCCAAGGCACGGAAAACUGAUCAACGUUCAAAGUCAAAAACCCCGGUAGGUGGUGAACAAGAAGAGAAAGUGGAUGCCGUGCACGUCGACAACCCACCAAACUGCUCUCCGACAGAGAGCGACUUUGAAAACUUAAGUAUGCAAUUAGAAGCAGCUAAGGACAGCGUCCUUGCGGCAGAAUGCUGUAUAACUUUGUUGGGAAGUGAUAGACUACCAAAACAGCUUUAUUCAGAAGAACUUAUUACAGCCUGUCUGAGCACCUUGAAAAACCAGCUCAACAAAGUCAUUUACCCGUUUGCUGAAGCGUCUUCUGAGGCUGCCACCACUACCGCCAAUCCCCUCCUUCUAUAUGUUAUCAAGAACCCCACCAGUGGUGAAUCAAAACGAAAAGUGUUGAAUGAAACUUUCCAAACGUUGUCGGCAUCCUUGUCUCGUAUAAAUGCUUUGAUAAAUGCGGAAAGCGUAUCGAUGUCGGAUUCUAUUGUCAUUCAAGCGGUGUAUAUUGCGAUUGGGCCUUUCUUUGUGGUGGAAGGGGACAGUGACUCCAAGGGGAAGAAGGACCAGAGUGUCGUCAUCCGCACAUUUGGGAAGAGUGCUAUGCACGGUUUAAUGCUUGAAGCGUUAUCACUCAUUCGUAGCAUAUUCGCAAGCCAUGAGGGACAGCGGUCAUGGAUCAUUGAAGAGAUCUUAUCUUCCUUGAUCAAGCUGUCAGACUCCAAACAGAAGGCUGGUUUGUUUCGUCUACGUGAUGGACGCUCCAUUCGCACGGUAUCGGCCCUACUUCUCCAACUGGUGCAGACGUCCACGCACGAUGUCCGCAUUCAGGCGAAAAAGAUAGAGAAGGCUAGACAGCAGAAGGUUGCCCUGCGUCGUCAAGAAAGCUUCUCUGAAAGCCAAAGCCAGAUUAGCCGUGAGCCGUUCUUGGAUGAGCACGAUUCCGAAGAAAUUCGACUCUAUUCUUCUGGUCUAGAUUCCGCCUCGAAAGCAGCGAAGGCAAUCAUCAUCUUUCUGACGCAACGAUCCGGGAAGGGAAAAACUACCAAGAAUACGAAUGAGGCUGAAUAUAGGCUGAUCUUCGACAACUUGAUUUCGGAUGUGCUCGUCGUUUUGUAUUGGCCCGAGUGGCCUGCAGCCAGCCUUCUUCUCAGUGUUGCGUCCAAAUUUAUGGUAGCAGCUUUAGACGAUGUCAAGACGAGUCAAGCCGAUAACAAUGCGGCCAAGACCAUGGCAUUGGAUCACUUGGGUGUUAUUGCUGCUCGCAUCCGGUCAAGCGUACUUAAAGUCCAAGACGGAGCCGGCCACAAGCCCAAAGGUUUAAAGCCAUUCGAUGAGAUUGUAAGCACCGUAGACUUGAAAGAGCUUGAGAAACUCUUGAGUGUACACCAUGACAUUUCAACGCACCUUUCCAAACGUUCUCUGGAAGAUCAGGCUUACGACAGCGCUCAAGAACUUACAGCGGCAACGCUCGGACAUGAGCUUGCGAAUACCUUGAAGCACUUAGGCACUCUUAUAGGUGGAGAUGACGAUGGUGAACUAGCUAUCCGCGACCGGGAUACGUCCAAAUUAGAACCAUUCGGUCAGAAAGUAAAGGCCGCGCUCCAAACCGUCUGUAAAGAUCAAUCAGGUGAUAUAUUUGACAUAGGAUCCCAGGAGGAAAUCUCUCGCAUUGAUCGCUAUGCAGAAGAGAUAGGCACUAUUCAAAGCCUGCGGAAUUCUUUCCAGCCCAUUCUUAACAUUAUACUAACCGCUUUGGAUGCACCACCCAUCUUCAUGCGUACGAAAGCUCUUCGUGCUCUGGGACAGAUUGUCCUGAGCGAUGCUACGAUCCUUUCAACGCCCGGCGUUCGUAGGGGUAUCGAAAGCCAUCUAUUGGACAGUUCGCCAGCUGUUCGUGAUGCGGCAGUGGAACUGAUAGGCAAGUACAUGGUAGAUCGCCCAGAGGUCGCUGGUGACUACUACCAGAAAAUUGCUGAGCGUAUAGCUGACACCGGCUUAAGUGUCAGAAAACGGGUCAUCAAGCUGCUGAAAUCCUUCUAUGGCGUGACCCGUGAUUCCGAGCAACAAAUAGAUAUCGCCACACGUCUGGUGCUCAGAAUGCUAGAUGAAGACGAUACGGUAAAAGAGCUAGCUAUUAAGACACUUGAGGAGCUAUGGUUUCCUACUGCCAUUCCUCUUCCGUCCGCGUUGAAGUCGAAGCCAACGAACAAUGUUGACGACAAGAGUGCACUUCUCGCCAAGGUGUCUGUUAUCAUGGCUGUGUCCGGUCAUUUUAAGGACCGGCAAUCUCCUCUUGAAGACGUUCUGCAUAAGAUCAUGGCCGGACGGCAGGAGUCCGAGGUACCUCUAUUGCAUUCUCGUUACACUGAGAUUUGUGAAUCCCUAAUCGAUGGUUUGGUGGAUGCGUCAGAUUUGCCCGGUUUUACUGUGCUCAACUGCAUCAGAACAAUACAUCUAUUUGCUUCAGCAUAUCCUUCGGUCCUCUCCGGAUCUCAUGCUUCCACGCUUCUGCCCUACCUGAAAAAUCCCAGUAACUCCGAGCAACAAGUGACCACCGAUUACCUCCUCAAAAUAUUCCGCAUUUCCAUACCCAGGUUGCCGAAGACGACGAGCAAAUUAGGACAAGAACUUCAAGCAGCUCUACAGCCCAUGAUUAUAAAGCCAACUGCUGGACUCCAGGUUCUUCAAGAAUGUAUUGCCUGCAUGUGCACUGUUGUGCACAACCUAACCCGCGAUUUUGUGCGGAUAGUGGCACUGCUCAAAUCUUGCAACGGUCGGCUCCAGAAGGCCAUCAGCGGACCGGCAUUGGAACAACAAGACUUGAAGGGUAUGAAAGCUUUGUCCAUACUAAUAUUCAUUGUGUCUCUCCUCGCGGAACAUAUGAACUUCGAUGAACUUCGAUCAGAGCACUCCGAACUAGCCGGGGAGUUGGAUUUAAUAAGCAAGGGUUCGAUCCUGGAGCACAUCUAUAACAGUCUCCUGAGUUUGCAUCAAAAAUACGCUGACCCUGAUCUUCGCGGUCGAAUUCUUCAAUGUCUCGGUUUUUUGUUUAGAUCUCAACCCACGCUUAUGACGGAAGAGCGAUCUGCUAGCAUUAUGGAUGGGAUAUUCCAAUCCGGAAGCGAGGAAGCCCAAGGAAGAUUGUUGAAGUUGCUACAGGAGUUUUUGGUUUCUGAGGCGGCGAAACAUUCCUCCAAAGAGAAAGAAAGCGCCGGAAAACGAAGUACGAAGGCAUCUGAUGUGGAUAUGGAUGAACUGAUUGGUAACACGGAUGGAUUUGCGGAUUCAGGCGUAAGCUCUGCUGUCGUUCAGCGUUACUUGAACCAUAUCUUGGAAUCGGCGUUGUCACUGCAGCCUCAGAUACAAGCAGCUGCUAUUGAUAUACUGAGCUUUACCAUCAAACAGGGCUUAGCCCAUCCACUUCAGUCCUUCCCUGUCAUUAUCGCCCUCGAAACUUGUCCAUCGACACCGUUGAGCCAUAGAGCCAACGCUCUACAUUCGAUCUUGCACACGAAACACAACUCGCUGCUCAAUACCCGAUACAUUAACAGUGCCCAGGCUGCAUUUGAUUAUCAAUCAAAGAUCACGUCCGGUGCCGUGAGAGGCUUCAAGAUCCAAUCAUCGAUGCCUAUUGCUUUGUUGCAACAAUGGUACUCCUUAGCAAGGGAAAAACGUUCGGGGCGACUAGACUUUUUGAAGUCACUGUCGAAAGUCUUCCAAGACCACUCCUCGACUUCCACGACUCAAUCUGAUAUUGAUUUUGUGCGAUUUAUGGUGGAGAAUUUUGCUUCCUUUGAUUAUAAGACGCAGGAAGAAGUCUUCAUCAUUGUCAAGACCUUGACUACCGUUCUAUCGACGAACGGGACACAGAUUCUCGAGAUCGUUUCACCUUCGCAUUUGCUUUCCCAUGUGAAGAAGCAACCAGCAUCUGAAGCCAAUGCGGCGGACAUGAAUGUCGACCCUGUCGAAGGAUGUUCAACCGUCGAACCAGCACAGAACAAAAUUCCCCUCAUGCGUAGCACCGUCAUCAUUGGAAUGAUCAUGGUGCUAAAGACUCACUUGAAGACAUUGUAUUCCUUAUCUGAGGAGAAAUGCAACAAGUUCGUCUUGGGAAAGAAGAGUAUGAUCGGUGAUAAAGCAUCUGUGAGACGGCACCAGAAGGGAAUAUCUUGGGAUCGAUUGCCUUUUGCGACGAGGCCGAUAUUGACCUCCAGCGAUGCUGAUGAGCAGAAGAUCACAUUUCUUAGCAUCUGGAAUGAGGAUGGUCUGACUGCUGAGCCGGAGGAUGACACCGUAGAGUUUACUUGAUGACUUGAUGCUAGUGCUUUCUCAUCUUUCUGCUUAUUCGGUUACAUGCUGCUGUUACAUUCUAUCAUUAUUCUCUGUUAUCGUUGUUCUUCGCAUAUUAGCAUUUCGUGUAAACACCAGCCUUCUCAAUGGAACUGAUGAAAACCAUCUGUUGC